AUGUAAUUAUCUCCUUAAUCACAAACUAUAUUUCAAUCCUUAUUCAUUGAAAAAACUAAAGAUCAAAUUAAUAAUAUUCUUCAAUAUAAACUAUCCCAAGCCACUAAAGCAAGAUAAAGAUUUGUAAAAAAUUAGAUUGAUAGGCCAAAUACUUCGAUGAUUUAGUAACCAAAUGAAAUGGAUUUCUCACAAAACCAAUUCGAAAAGCAUAGAAAAAUUUCAAUGAAUGAUUCUUAGCUUACUGUUGUUACCAUAAGAAAACCUUAAAAAAUUAUGCAUACAAUAGAACUAAGUCCAUAAAUUACACCUAUUACUUCAUUUCAUUCUUAAAGAAAAUAUAGACAGUUGUAAAUGUGUGAAAAAUCAACUAAUCCAACCCCUUAAGUUCAUAGUCCUGAUAAUGAAAAAUAAUUUUAUUUCAAGCAAAAAUAAUAUAGAAAUAAAUUAUAAUUAAAGAAUAGUGAGAAUAAUAAUAUCAAAUUAAAAUAAUAUGCUAAAGAAUAACGUUCAAAUAGUAAAGGAGUUUAAGAAUAUAUUAAAUAUUAAGAUGAAAUGGAUGAAUAUUUUAAAGAUAAACUAUUUUAAUAAUAAAGACAAUUGAUUGAAAAAAUAGACAACUUUAAAAUGUCUACAAAAAGGCUUGAUUAAUAAUUAGAACCAAUAGGACGGUUAUUAGAAUAAAGACUUUAAAAAAUGAAAAAAAAACAACAAUAAUAAUGA